UCUUCGUMGCCGCCAUGUUGCUUUUUUGAAUGCGAGGAUAUGACAAAAUAACCUCUGGAAUUUAGUGUUAUUCUAAAGAUUUCAAAAUGGUUGACAUGGAACCCGUUAGGCAGUUUAACAGCGAGCUAUCAACAAUCUACGAGACAAAACCACCGAUCUCUAAAGGAAAGGUCGCUUCYAUCACACGUCUAGCUGUUAAGGCAAUUAAGUAUUACAAACAUGUGGUCCAAAGCGUGGAAAAGUUCACCCAGAAAUGUCGGCAAGAAUAUAAAGUACCAGCUUUAUACAUUAUUGACUCAAUAAUUCGCCAAUCAAGACAUCAGUUUGGAGCAGACAAGGAUGUUUUUGGUCCUAGGUUUGGAAAGAGUAUAGCCAUGACAUUCCAACAUCUCUAUAAAUGUCCUGUAGAAGAUCAGGGAAAGAUAGUCAAAGUGUUGAAUCUUUGGCAAAAAGGAGGUGUUUACCCUCCUGAAGUUGUUCAACCACUGCUAAACAUGGCUAAACAGAGUCAGAAUCAAGAAACAUCAGAAAGCUUAGACAAUGCCCAGUCAACAGUACAUGACGGUAAUAUGGACAUUAAACCAGGCAACCCUCAUGGAAAUGGUAAUUUUGUCAGUGUAUUGCAACAACAACAGCAACAGCACCUUGAACAGAUUGAACAGCUAAGACGCCAGCUUCAAGAACAGCAGAGUAUCAACCAACAGCAACAACAACAACUUGCACAACAACAAAUGGUUGACCCAUCAGCACCAUCCAUGUCAGUUGGCAAUCAACCCAUGACGUUUCAAAGUCCACAAAUCCAGCAGGUUGUUCCCCAGGAAGUCAUGCCAGGACAACAAAUGAUAUUACCAGGCAGCCAGCCACAGGAGGGGGUUUUACAGGGUAACCAGCCAGGCGAUACAACCAAUGAACAACCAAGGUUCCAGCUUCAACCGCAUGUACUUGCACAAAUCCAGGCACUAACAGGAAUGAAUAUCCGUCUUCCUCAACCAAACCAAGGUGAAGUUCAAGGUCUUCAUGAAAAUCAACAGCAACCAACCAAUUUAGCUGACCAGAAAGCACCAUGGGCUCRUCCUGCUAUGGGACAACCAGGUGCACAACCAGUAGAGGGUGUUUUACAUGGUAAAGAACAGAAUAUGAUAGAUGACUUUGAUUAUGGUGAUGAACAAGACGAUGCCACUAGACUAGCUGAACAAAGAAGGCAUUUAAUGGAGGAAGAACGGCGAUUAAGUCAAGAGCAAAUGUCCAGUGAACGAGAUCGUCAUAGAGACAGAUCUCCAAGACGGCGAUCCCAGUCACCAUAUAGUAGACGAAAUAGAUCACCAAGACGUCGUUCUCCACGCCGCAGAUCCAGAUCACCAAGAGGAGACAGGAGCAGAAGGGAUAGAAGCAGGGAUAGAGGGCGUGACAGGGGGAGAGAAAGAGAAGAAGAAAAAAUGGUCCCUCCUCGUGGUUGUGCUUACGUCCAAAUGGCAAAAAGAGAAGAAGCCAUUAAAGCUGUUAGCAGGYUAUCCAAUCUACGUCUUCAUAGUAGUAAUGUUAAGUUGGCUUGGGCCCCUGCCAGUGGAGUUAAAGACCGUAAAUAUAAAGAGUACUUCAAUGUAGAGCUUGGGGUCACCUACAUACCUUGGGAUGUGCUGGGAAGCACRCCUGAUCUUAAGGCACUUGCUGAGGGCGGAUGGAUUGAUCCAGAGAGUUUACCGGCAGAACUAAAGGAGUCAUUGAAAGCUGCAGAAUCUCAGGGCGAGGAGACUGAAGUAAAAGCAGAUGAACAAGCAAAUCCUCUUGCUAACCAAGUACUUCCCCCUCAAAUACCGACACAUCUGCCCCCUCCGGGUCAUCCAAUGUUUCAAAUGAUGCCACCACCCCAUAUGAUGAUGAGACCUCCCUUUCCAGGUGGACCCAACAUGCUGCCUCCUGAUGCACCACCCUGGUCAAUAAACAUCCAACAGAGACCUCCAGGAUUUAACCCUGCUGUCCCUCCUCCCCAUGGAGUAAGACAGACUGGGUCUUCGUCAUUUCCGUUUAAUCAAGGUGGUGGUGAUAACCAGCCACCCUUUCACCCACGUCUACAUCCUUUGCAUGUUCGUGGCCAGGAACCUGGUGGAAUGCAUCAGCAUAGGCCCAGAUUUCGUAUGGAAGGCCCACGUGGACCUUUAGGAGGACCACAGGGACAAACGGGACAGCAGCGAGAUGUUGAUGGACACCACAACAUGGGUGAAGCACCACCAAGAGACUUUGAGGGACGUCCUAGAGGUCCCAAUGGACCUCAUGGGGAUCUUAGAGGACCACCACCUCGUGGGCAUAUAGGUGGCCCUGAUGGGCCUAGAGGACCUUCAGGUCUACCAUUAAGACAGGAAAGACCAAGAUUUGACGGGCCACCAAGGGGCCCAGAAGGGCAUCAUGUCAGACAUAACAGACCUAGGUUUGGACUAAGGGGACCAGAAGGUCCACCAAUAAGGCAGGAGGGACCACGAUAUGAUGGGCCAAUGAGAGGCCAAGAACGACCUCCAUUUGCGGGACAUCCUAUGGGGCCAGCAAUUGAAGGUCCAUCCAAAGGUCUGGAAGGUCCACAUAUCAGGAACGAGGGACCUCCUGGACGUGGACUGGAGGGGCCAAGGGGUGUUGAUGGUUUACCAGUCGGGCAAGAAGGGUCACAAGAUGUGUCACAAGAAACCCCUAAUGUCCAAUCAAAUCAGGCAGAGUGCAUUAAACGAAGCGAUAGCUCAUCAAGCAAUCAAGAUGGUGUACCUGAUGGUCCUCCAAAUAGGUUUGAAGGACCCCCAAGGGGAGGUCCCCCUGGGAAUUUAGAGGUUGGACCAAGACCCUUCAUGGACAGACAUCAAGGCUUCGAGGGACCUCCUAGAGGACCAGAAGGCAUGCAUAGAGGUCCUGAAGGAAUGCAAAUACGACCUGAUUUACGUCCAGAAUUUCGAGGACCUCAUGGAGGACCCCCAAGGCACUGGGGACCAUCGCAUGACCGACCCAUGGGAGGCCCACCUCCUAUGGGGAUACCUGUUCCAGAAUGGCAAAGAGGUCCACCAAGAAUUCAAGAUGGGAGGAAACCGCCAUAUGACGAGGAUCCCCCAAGAGAGCGUGGUAAUGGACCGAAUGAACAUGGAUCUCGCUAUCGUAGGGAUAGGGAAGAGCGACCGCCKUGGGAUCGGAGAAGAGACCGGGACCGUGAUCGUGACGAAGAACGCUCGAGARGCCGAGAACAAGAUCGUGAACGUGACAGGAGUCGAGAUCGUGAUCGAAUGAUGGGYCGAGAUCGUGAUCGUCCUAGGAGCCGAGAUCGACCACGAAGCCGUGAUCGUGAACGUGAAAGAAGUCGAGAUCGCGACCGAAGUAGGGAUCGCGAUAAUAAGAAUAGCCGUGACGUCGAUCGUGACCGAGAUCGCGACAGGCGUGAUCGUGAUAGACGUGAUCGWGACAGGCAGGAUCGUGAUAGACAGGAACGUGACAGACGUCGAAGUUUUAGCGACAGGGAUAGUCGUAGUUCUGACGGCGAAAAAUGCGAAAGGCAAAUAAAGUCGGAACAGAUUAAUGAACCUAAAACUGUGAAACAAGAAUCCGAUCAACAAUCUAGUAAUUCCGAACAACAAGAAAAUGAGCUUUCGGUUGCUGUGAAACAGGAACGUAUAAUGGAAGUGAACAAUGCUUCUCCUGAGGAAGGUGAACUCAUAGAGGAUAACAACAUAUCGCAAAAUACCCAACCUGACAAUGACACUAAAUUAAUAAUCUCUGAGACAAAAAUUAAAAKUGAAUCAGGACAUAAUUCAAUUGAUGCAGCGACGGUGAGCAAAAGUAUGGAAGAAGSUAGUGCGGAAAUCGAAAUGAAGCMGGAAGUGAAAGAAGAAGUGACGUCAUCUUAACGUCGUUAGCUAGAAGCCUUGUAGAUUCAACGAACAUUUCUUAUUUGUUUUUAAAAAAGAAACAGUGUUUAGAGACAAUGCUGAGGAGCUUGGAAUACUGAUUAGCGAUAAAUAUUUAUUCAAUACAAAUUUACCUUUUAUAUAUU